AGGCGCGGGGAGGGGUGGGGGAGAUAGCGGCCGCGGUAGCCCCGGCCCUCAGAGAGCCCGCAGGGAGGGAGGGCGCUGGGGGUCCGGCUGCCCCCUCGCCACUCCUACCGCUAUGGGCCCAGCUUCCCACUCCCGCCACCGCUCCAGCGGCCGGGGCUAGGACAUCCCCACCUCCCGUCCUGUCGCCCCCCCGUGGCACCGAGACAGAGACCCGGCCGCCGCUGCCGCAGCCUGGCUGGGGAGGGGGCCCGUCCCCCAGGCCCCUCGCCCCGGUGAGGUGACUGGAAGUUCCUCCUCCGUUUCUUUGAGACCUGUUGGGUUUGUUUGCCUGUCUGUAGAAGUGCAUUGAUAUGUCAUAGAGGACUCCACAGGGGAGAAGAGAUUUUUCCAGACCAGUAUUCACAUUUAUCUGCUACUAGGUGACCAGAAUGGAGCUGUGGCCCGGGGCCUGGACAGCACUGCUGCUGCUGCUGCUGCUCCUGCUGUCCACCCUGUGGCUCUGCAGCCCCAGUGCCAAGUACCUCUUCAAGAUGGCCUUCUACAACGGUUGGAUCCUCUUCCUGGCUAUCCUCGCAAUCCCUCUGUGCGCCGUGCGAGGACGCAACGUGGAGAACAUGAAGAUCCUGCGUCUGCUGCUGCUCCACAUCAAAUACCUGUAUGGGAUCCGCGUGGAGGUGCGGGGAGCUCAGCACUUCCCUCCCGUGCAGCCCUACGUUGUGGUCUCCAACCACCAGAGCUCCCUCGACCUGCUUGGGAUGAUGGAGGUGCUGCCAGACCGCUGCGUGCCCAUUGCCAAGCGCGAGCUGCUCUGGGCUGGCUCUGCCGGGCUGGCCUGCUGGUUGGCAGGAGUCAUCUUCAUUGACCGGAAACGCACGGGAGAUGCCAUCAGUGUCAUGUCUGAGGUGGCCCAGACCCUGCUCACUCAGGAUUUGAGAGUCUGGGUUUUUCCUGAAGGAACAAGAAACCACAAUGGCUCCAUGCUGCCCUUCAAACGUGGCGCCUUCCACCUAGCAGUGCAGGCCCAGGUUCCCAUUGUCCCCAUAGUUAUGUCCUCCUAUCAAGACUUCUACUGCAAAAAGGAGCGACGCUUCAACACGGGACGAUGUCAGGUGCGGGUGCUGCCGCCAGUGCCCACAGAGGGGCUGACACCAAAUGACGUCCCCGCUCUGGCAGACAGAGUCCGGCACUCCAUGCUCACCAUCUUCCGUGAGAUCUCCACUGACGGCCUGGGUGGCGGUGACUGUCUGAAAAAGCCUGGGGGAGCGGGCGAGGCCCGGCUCUGAGCUUCCCCACCCUCCCGUCUUCUCCCCACACCUCUGACCCCUCCCGGGUCCCCACUCCCUACUCUCCUUCGGGAAUCUUCAACUUGUGAAGUGGAUACGGAUACAGCGUCACUCACGUCCUUUCCCUGCCCACCGUGGACUCCCCUGCAUGGGGACGGUCUCCACUCCGGCCCCACCGCCAUCCUGUCUCGUGGGACAGUUGCCGCCCCUCACCUCAAGUGGCUCCUCGGAUACAAGGGUGGGGCACAUUCCAUCCCAUCCCUCCCCAGUGGUCUCUUUGUGGCCUUCUCUCCCUCUGCCCCACACUGGACAAUGGACUCGUGUGUUCUGUGGAACAAUCCAUUCCUCACUCCAAGUCCACAGACUGCGUGGGCCCGUCUGCUGGGGAGGACUCCUCAUCCUGUGACUGGGAGCCGCACCUGAACACUCCUGACCGGCUCGCCUGGGGAACUUCCUCAUCACCCUCGGCGGGGCAGGGCUCUUCUAACUCAGAAGUCUCACCCCUGCCCGUGCCAGGGGCUGAGCACACUCCAGAUGCCAAUCUCUGUUUCCCCCGCCCCCUUGGCAGAGGUCUUCGGGGUUCUGGCCUGGCAGCAACUACCCAGAGUCUGCAGGGGCGGACCUUUGAAGCUGCCAUCUCUGUUCCCUGGGGCCUUAGGGGAAAGAACCUGACCCUGGGGGGAGGGAGGGCGCUUAAUUUAUUUUUUCUUUCGAGGGACUCCCUCUCUGAGCAGUUUCCAUUUCCUCCCAGUGGCAUUGGCCACUCCCCUGCCUCCCACUCGAGACCCAUUCCUAAGACCCAGGCUGGGGGCAGAAGGAACGGGUGGAAUCCGGUUUUGCGUGGUUGGUUUUUAUUUGGGUAACAGAAAGCAACUGAGAAUAAAGAGAGAUCUGGAGAUUU